UGUAAAUAGAACUUGACCCUGAACGCGUGAGCUUCGCCUUGGAUACCAGGCGUAUUGGAGACCGGAGUUCACUGAGUUUUUACGGUAGAAAUCUUACAGGCUGUUCAAAUGGAUCCUAACUUGUUGUACUGGAAAAACGAGGGCCAGUCAUUCCUUAGUCGGUUACGCGUCUGGUUCAACCUCCUCGAUCCAACUUGCUUGCUCUCCUCCAGUGCUGAAAUACGGAAGGCCCGCUCAGCUCUGGAAGGUGGAGUGGGAGUAGAGGAAAAGGAUGGAGAUGAGUGGACCCUUUCCUUAUCUUCUAUACAUUCUGACUCUGGGGAUGUUCUUCCAUUAAUUUUCCGUCCCCCAGCUUUUUUGCCAUUUGCAUCCCCUUUGGUUGUUGGCAGCUUUUUGCCACAUGCUACUGUAAAAUCAGCAUUGUUUUGGCAGUUUAUGAUGCAGAGUUACUGCGCUGGAUUCAACUAUGCAAAUAGAAAUUCUUCUUCAGAGCAGGGCAAGAAGAUGUCUUUAAACCAAGUUGUAAUGGUGGCUGGAUCAGUCUCCUGUUCAACAUGUGCAGGGGCAGUUCCACAAAUAAUCAUUCGCCAACUUGGCAUAAGCAGUGCACCGCUCCUGACUCUCCUGAGAUCACUAUUACCAGUCCCUCUAGCAGCUGCUUUGGCUUCCUUCAGUGUGUACACUGUCAGAUAUGAGGAGUUGGAGAAGGGGAUCCAGGUGUUUGAUUCCAAUGGGAAUUCUGUUGGGAUUUCUAAAGCGGCAGGGGAAAAGGCUAUAAGAGAAACUGCAGUAUCAAGAGUGGCAUUGCUGGGUACAUCAGCUGCUCUUCCCAAUCUUUUAAUGCUGUUUUUAAUGAGGACAAGGUUCAAGAGGAACCCUUUGCUGGUCACUCCUAUACGUCAUCUGAGUGCCGUAUUAACCCUGGGCCUAAUGAUUCCUGUGUCUUUCAGUCUCUUUCCGCAACUAGGAAUGAUUGAAAAGGAAAGCUUGGAGAAGGAGCUGCAGGAUGCAACUACAGAUGGCCAGCUCUUCUACCACAGGGGUCUGUGAAGAGCGCUGAACAGAAACCAGUGGAUACACCUAGCCAACAAUAGUUCACCAACUUAAAAAUAUCGAUCCAUCCAUUAUCCAUGCCGCUUGUCCUGCUCUCAGGGUCGCGGGGAUGCUGGAGCCUAUCCUAGCAGUCAUUGAGCGGCAAGCAGGGAGACACCCUGCCAGGCCAUCACAGGGCCAACACACACACACACACACACACACACACACACACACACACACACACACACACACACACACACACACACACACACACACACCUAGGGACAAUUUAGUACGGCCGAUUCACCUGACCUACAUGUCUUUGGACUGUGGGAGGAAACCGGAGCCCCUGGAGGAAACCCACGCAGACACAGGGAGAACAUGCAAAUUCCACACAGAGGAUGACCCGGGACGACCCCCAAGGUUGGCCUACCCUGGGGCUCGAACCCAGGACCUUCUUGCUGUGAGGCGACCGCACUAACCACUGCGCCACUGUGCCACCCUUCAACUUAAAAAUAUGGCAAACAAAACAUUCCCAGUUAGUAAAACAUAUGGGAUUUAGGGCUACACCCACAUUCAUGAUCUGCAAGGUUUAAUCCUACCAGAUUUGCACAAUCUCCAAAUGAUGUGUUUUUAUCACACAGUUGGUUGCAUUUGAGUGC